GGCGGGGCGCGGACUACGCUCGCCAGGGUGCUGCGGGCGCCGCCCCGCGCGCAGGCGCCGGCCCGGGCGGGCCGGGUUGUUUGUGACGGCGUCACCGGCGGCUGCGGCCGCGGCCCCUCGUCCGUGCCGGGCCCCGCGAGGGCCGCGCUCAGUGUGCUUUGAAAAUGUCUGAAAAUUCCAGUGACAGUGAUUCGUCUUGCGGCUGGACUGUCAUCAAUCACGAGGGUUCUGACAUAGAGACAGUGACCUCGGAAAAUGGAAGCACAAAUGACAACCAUGAGUUUGUUUCAGAAGAAUAUGUUUCCUUGCAGGAAGAGGAGCAGGCAAUUGAUGUGCAAGCUCAGUGCAGCAAUGAUGAAGAGAUCCCAGCAGUAGAUAAUACUCUAUCUGAAUUUGAGGAAACUCAGACAGUUCCAGAGGGAAAUAAAGAAAAAGUUCCUGAUGAUGGGUCCUGUGUUGGAACUAUUAGUGAUGAUUCUGACAUUGUUACACUUGAAGCUCCAAAACCAGAAGAAACUCAGAGUCAGGAGGAAGCUCCAGCUGAUGGUGAAGAAGCUCAGAGUUCAGAGGAUUUUAACAUGGGUUCCUCCUCUAGCAGUCAAUAUGCAUUUUCCCAUGUAGAAACUGUUUUCUCAUCCCAGGCCAGCCCCGAGGAGUCCAGCAGCGAUGAAACCAGCAGCCAGAGCAGCCCGGCCGUGCGCAAGCGGCGCCCGCGGAAGCGCGGGGUGUCGGGCUCCGAGCCCGAGGAGGCGGCCCCGGCGGAGCCCGAGGCGGAGCCGCCCCGGGACGAGCAGCAGCAGCGCCAGUUCGGCAGCGGCCUCAACAGGUGCAUCAUCCUGGCGCUGGUGAUCGCCAUCAGCAUGGGCUUCGGACACUUCUACGGUACAGUGCAGGUCCAGAAACGGCAGCAGCUGGUGACAAAGACACGUGAAUUAAAAGAUCUGAAAGAUGACCUUUACCAGUGCCAACAAGAGCAAGGAGAUCAAGUGCACCACAAAGUGGGGUCACUCAAGGGAGAUCUUGCCUCAUGUUUGACCUUUACUGAUGUGGAGAAGAAAUCCUUUGAUUCUCAAAAAAAAAGUCUUGCUGCAGAAAAUCAGCACCUAAGAGAAUCUCUAGAGAAAGAAGAAAAAGCUUUGGCCUCACUUCAGGAAGAAUUAAGGAAGCUAAGACAACAAAUUAGAAACUUAGAAGAUAAAGGUAGUAGCACUGAAUCUAUUGUAAUAGAAAAUCAGAAACUAAGGGAGCAUUUGGAAGAGGAAAAGCAAAGGAACAGCAAUUUUCUCAGGCAAAAGGAGACACUCUUUGCAGAGGCACAGAUGCUAAGGCGAGAACUGGACAAAGAACGUCAUGUUACAGAAGCUCUGAAAAAAGAACUAGAACAGUUAAGUUCUCGUCAAACACCUGACAGUGCUGCUGGUGAUGAUGAUGAGACAUUAAGAGAAAAUCAAGAAAUAGAAACUCUGCGAGGAAGACUGGCAGAACUAGAAAAAAAGCUGAAUUUUGAGCAACAACGCUCUGACUUAUGGGAGAAGCUGUAUGUUGAAGCAAAAGACCAAUCUGAAAAACAAGAAAUUAAUGAAAGUGGACAAAAGAAAGGUGCUAAAGGGCAAAGUAAGAGUAGAAAGAAAUCAAAGGAGACAUUUUUUGGCUCAGUUAAAGAAACUUUUGAUGCUAUGAAAAAUUCCACAAAAGAGUUUGUAAGACACCAUAAAGAAAAGAUUAAGCAGGCUAAAGAAGCAGUGAAAGAAAACUUGAAAAAAUUCUCUGAUUCUGUAAAGUCUACAUUCAGACACUUCAAAGAUACCACAAAAAACAUCUUUGAUGAAAAAGAGAAGUCAUCAAGCGAUAGAAGAUACGAGGCAAACAAGAAAGCUCGAACUUUUUACCGAGACCAUAACUCCUACGAGAAUCUGAAGCACAUGCAUUACAGGGGACCUCACAUGCCCAAAGAAUCCAGAAAUGGAAGGAAACAUCAUUUUACAGCAUUUGAAAAAGAUUCAGAUUCCCAGAAAUGUCUCAAUGAUCAUUUGUGUAAUAGAAAACAUCAGUUUGCCCUAAAGGGCUGCUCUGGUAUUUUUGAAUGUGCUCAUCAAGAAUUCCUUAGUCUCUUUAACAGAGUUUCAGAUCCCAUCAGGGUGGAUGAAUUUAAUCGGCUAAUGAGAAAGUAUUUGCAGCAAGUUGUACAUAACUUUCAUCACUGGAGAGAACUAGAAAAUUUCAUCAAUAAGUUUUUUCAUAAUGGAUUGUUUAUACAUGACCAGAUGCUGUUCACUGAUUUUGUUAAUGAUGUCAAGGAUUACCUGGAAGAUAUGAAGGAAUACCAAAGUAAUAAUGAGAAGGUUUUUGAGGAUUUGGACAAAUACGUCUACAGAUACUACUUCCAUUAUGAUAAUUCACCCCAGUAUGGACCCAGUCGACCUAAAAGACCUUUUACACAAACUGAAAAUUCCAGACAUGAAAAACAAGCUCAGAAGUACCAACACCGUAAUAAAAGAGAAGGUAAAUGGCAUAAACAUGGUCGCACUAAUGGAAGACACAUGGCAAAUCUUGAAAUAGAAUUGGGGCAACUACCCUUCGAUCCAAAAUAUUGAGUAAUUUAUUGUAAAAAUUAAGAUUAAAAUUCACAUGCUCUCUGGAAACUAAUUGUUUUUCAACAAAGCAGCAAAAUGCAAGGUUUUUUUUUCUGAAUAAUUUGAUUUUUACACAUUUUUGUUAACAGGCAGAAGUCAGGCUUUCUGAUUUGCAUAUUCUGUACCGUUGCUUUAACUGUUCUUUGGAAGUAAAGAUAGUUUGGGUGCCAGCAAUAUUGUUGCAGAAACUAGGCAUGCCAUGACCUGUGUAUGAAAAAAUGCUUAAUUGCAUUCCAUUAGUGUAGUUAAAGCUUGAGCCAUGCAUAAUGUACCAACUACUAACUCCAAUGUUUAAUAUACUAACUUCAUCUCAUCCUUCAAAAACUAGAUCAACAUUGUGGUAAUGUAUUUGUUAGUGUUUUGUAACCUUAUAUUUGCUUCCUGUCUUUGGGGGGGUUCAAGAGCCUGUUGAAUUGUGAAGAAUUUGCUGUGCUGCAUUCUAAUCAGCGUGCUGAUUUAAACACUUGAAAUGUCUUGCAUAUCUGCAUAUUGUAGAAGAAAAAUAAAAGAGACAUUGUGGGUAAAA